AUGGAGAACUUGGCAGCAGCAACUCCCCUCGAUGUCUUCGUCAUCGUGUUCAACAUGUGCUUGGCGGCCGCCAUCGUGAUCUCGAACGCAAUUCUGAUCGGCGCUCUCCUAAAUGCAAAGGGACUUCUCAAACACAACAACUACAUUUUCAUAUUCAGUCUCACCGUCAGCGAUUUCAUCAUGGGCGCCGGCUGGUUCUACAACGGGGUGUUUGACGUGCGCGACAACGUGGGCUCCAUCUACAGCGUGACGAACGUCUUCCCAACGAUUCACGGCAUCUCUCUGCUCACCAUGCUCUCGUCGAUGAUGGACAGGUACUACGCCGUGUCCUCUCCGUUCAGCUAUUCGCAGAAAAUGACACGCGCCCGGGUGCUGAUGGUCGUCCUCUGGAUGUGGCUGUGGCCUUUUUUGACAGCGUUCGGCAUGGCUUUCGUGAAGGCGGACACUGCUCGCAAUUACCAAGGUUACACGACAAUAGUGGUGACCGUCUGUCUCCUGGUCAUCAUGACGGUGGUGAAUCUCCGGUUGUAUUUCAUCACCAAAAGGCAACUCAGCCGCGACCCUGCCAACGACGGGGAGUCCAAGAAGAAUUCGGCGAGGCUCAUUAUCGUUGCGUCUACGGUCUUCAUCGCCUUCUGGCUGCCAAGCCUGAUCAACUCGAGCGUGUGCGGCGGCUUCGGCCUGUGCUUACCUCCGCGUAGAAACAACCUCAAUCCAGUGAACGUGAUCCGAAUGUUCAACACGCUCAGCUCCCCCAUCAUCUUCCUCGUCGGAAGCCCUCUGCUGAGGGAUUCCGCGAAGAACCUCGCUCGCCGCUUGCUUUGCAAUAGAUCUGUUCAUCCAAAUGUUGGUGCAAGAGAGCGGAAGGACGGCGGUGGAUCGACGGUAGCAGUGGUGGAACAUAGAGCAUGA